AUGACUCUUGCAAUAGCAAGCAACUCCAAGCAACCUAAAGCCUCGCCCUCGAGCGAUAUGCCUUCUCUGUCCUGUAUCACUCUCAAGAAUAUUCUAUCUGACCAGUCGCCGAAGCCUUACACACUAAAUGCUUUUAUGAUUUUCCUGACUCAGAAUCAUUGCAUUGAGACAUUGGACUUCAUUACUGACGCAGAAGCUUACUGUGACAUUUACCAUGUGAACUCAGCAUCUAUCGACAAUAACGACAUGACUCGGGACCCCAUGCUUGUCGGAAAGCAGUGGAAACGUUUAAUGGCCACGUACAUUUAUCCCGGGUCUCCAAGUGAAAUCAACUUACCAAGCUAUAUGCGUGACCGGUUACUUGGCAUUGUUUCUGAGAUGGUAUCCUCUCCAAGUCCUGAACAAUUAAGCUCUGCCAUGAAUCAUGCCUACGAAAUUCUGACAGAAGAUGUAUUGGUACCCUUCAUCAGAAGUUUUCAUUUGGCAGACAAUCACCAUAUAGGUCCAGAAUAUAUUCCAAAAUCGACUUUAUCCGAUUCGGAUAUUGGUCGGACAGCAAACUCCUCGCGAAGGGAUAAUUUAUCUUCUAUUGAUGGGUCUAUCACGAAACGGGUUGAGGAUAGUCAGCUUCUUGAAGGUUCCCGGGUGAAGUCGCGAUUUUCCAAAGAUUUCAAGUUCAGGACAUGGUUUAGUUUUCAUAAGCGUCAGACCCCGUGA